CCCGUGGGCAGCUUCGCUCCAGCUGCAGCUUGGGCUGCACAAAACACGUCCAAGCGGAUUGAUGCUGAGGGGUCCUGUCCCCGUGGGUGUCACAGCCGCUGUGUCCAACAUCUGAGUGUCCCUUACGGUGUCCCAGCUGCUCCUGAAGAAGAUCCGUUCUGCAGCCCGUUGUUCCUUGUGCUUCUCCCUCUCUACCAGAUCAGGAUUAAGCUUUACACCCUGCUGGCUUUGCCUGUUCCCUGGGGAGGUGGCAAAUCUCACCUUUGGCUGUGACACCGGCCGUGGCUCCGUUGGUUCCCUGCCUGUCUGCCCUCUGCCGUGGGAGAUUCCCUGCGUUAUCCUCCUCCAAAUCCCUGUGACGUCCACAGAGCACUUGACUGGGAUUAGCGUGUCAUGUGGAAGCUCUUACCCACUGCUGACCUGUGCUUCCCCUUCUGCUGCUCCUUUGGCUUCUGACCCUUCCCUGCCUGUGCCGCUGGCGGCCGCUCCGGGGCCGGUAUUCCCGGAGGUCUGUGAAGAGCACUGGAUAUGAUUCAUUCCUUUCUCUGCUUAGGCACUAACUUUUCCAUCACAGCUUUGUUGCCUGCACAGUGCCCUCUCUCAUAGUGUCUCUGACACCUUCCCUGUUUCCCUAAAAAGAGGUUUUCACCAAAUCCUUGUUAUUUUCAUAGGUAUCCUUGAAACUGAAGGUUUUAUAACUUCAGUGGAGCUGGUGAGGCCACCAGCUUUUUGUGAGAGGAUCAGAGUCCUCCUGGGUGCCUCUCUGGCCUCCUCUUCAGUGCCUAUUGUAUAUUUGAACCAAUAACCAGCUCUUUUUCCCCAGGCAGGCAGCUGUGCAGUGCCCUGAGCGUGAUCCCAGUGUUUUCCCUCAGGCCAUUGUACACUUGGCCCUGGUGAUGUGUGUUUCCUUCUCACGGCCCUGCUUGAGUUUCCUGCUUCCUGCUCCCUUGGCAGUGAGUGCCCCUGGAUCAACACCAGUUUGCUGGGACAGCGAGUUGCAGACCGUUGUUCAAACAAGAGAGCAGCAAGGAGCGGUGUUGCCUCACCACAGCCUUUGGCAUCGACAAAGCUCAGCUAAAAGAGCCUCCAGCCCUCCUGUCAGGUCUCCAGGAGGAUGCUGCAGCUUUGGCAGGGACUCAGAAUCAAUUUGUGAGCAGAAUCUAUUAGGAAGCUGGAAAACUGAAUGCGAUGCCAGGAUAGAUUUGAGGUGCUCAGGCUUGUUAGCAUUGGGAUGGCUCCAUCGUGGUGUUCUCAGUGAGGGUUCAGUUCUCAGGGCUGCUUUACCAAAGGAAAAUGAUAUCUAGUUACUCAGAGCUGGGGUGUGUCAAGCUCAAAGUGGGAGCAAGCUGCAGAGAUUACUGCAUUAACCAUUGGAACCCUUUAUCCUGGGCUGGGUUGGAUGGGAUUGCCUGAGAUCCUGGUUUAGGGUUGAGGAUAUAUUCAGGAUGAUUUGGGUUUCCUCCAGAGGCAAAUCAGUGACAGGAUUUUCUUGAUGAUGCUUCUAAUGUGGGUGAUGCCUAGAAUCUGACCUGAUGUCUGUCUCAAGAGUUGUUUUCCCAGUAAUUUAGACCUUUCCAAAGCUCCCGGUUGCCUAAUGCCAUGAAUAUUGCAGUGAACAAUGUGGAAGAAAAAGCCGUCCAUUCCUGGUCAAGAAUUUCCUCUGCAGGACAGAAAGUGCUGGAGGAAGCCCUUCGAGUCUUCAACCCCAUGUCCAAGGACCUCUCGAACACAGAAACCCAGCUGGUGGCCUUCAUUCAGAGCCUGAAGGAGGAGGGCUACCAGCCCACCAUUCUGAGGAGUAAGGAUGUGUACGGGUACAGCUCGUGCACAGCGGACACACCGACUCAGACAAAAGAGAGCAGUCCCCAGCACUGUGCCAGCACUACUAAGAGUCCAACCAGAAACACCACGGCCAUGGCAAAGGUGCCUGCUGAGCCCACCAGCGUGCCAGUGAACUCUCUGAAAGUCUCCACUCAACCUGUCCCGAAAGGGGAUUCCACAAAUCUCCUCUUGAGCUCCUUGAAGCAGACAAAAUCCAGCACAUCCAAGGCUGCAGCAGUGGGCUUCCCUACAAACAUGUAUCCUGAUGUGUAUCCAGCCAUGAGACUGUCGGUGGUUCUGGAAGCUCUGGUGCCGCUGAAAGCCACUGCGUCCUGUUUGGAGUCCAAGUACACCCGAGGGCGUCUUGGGAUCUCACCCUCGGAUCUUAAACUCCUCAAGGCUUCGAGUGCCCCAGGGAAGUUUCCUUCAGGCAAAGCAGCCAAACUAACCAAGGGUAAGGGCUACAAGCGCUUGGUAAAGAAAGCACCAGAUUCUGCCACCCUGGCUUUAAAUCUCCUGAAGGGACCAAAGGGUGGAGUGCUGCAGGAGAGCAACGCUUGCAAAGCCUCGGGAGUCCUCAACGGGAGAGUCACAGGCAGCUCGUCCCAGGGCUGCACUGCAACACCGCAGGCCAAGACCUUGAAAAUCAAAGAUAAGGAAGCUCUCGUGGGGAAAACAGAAUGGAAGGACAACAGCACCUACCGGGAAGGCACUGGGCAGAAGAAGAGAAGAGCCACAGAGGCGAGGGAAGCACCACAGAAGAAAAAAGCAAAUACCAUUUCUGCCCGAAACAAACCUCGCCGAGCUCAGAGCACUUUGAACCUGCUGAAAUUCCGGGCCAUCAAGGUGGGCAACUCUUCCUCUGACGAGGAAAUGAGGAGGAGAGCACAGAAGAUUCUUAGGGUCAACCUGUCCCCUGUGAUCCGAAUUCAGCCCUUGUCUCACGCUCACAGCGUCCCCUGAGGGUCUUUGUCACUUUCUCCUUUUGUAAGUAAGUAAAUACGAGCCCAGCAUCAGAGUAUGGAGAGGUUGGAGACUGGAGCUCUCGUGCCUGGGGGUGACCUGUUAACUGACCUGCAGACAGAUCAGCCUGUUCCCGUGCUGCUCCUGCCUCAUCUGCUCUGCAGAGCUGACUGCAGAAGCACAAGGACCCGUUGGGGAUGGUGACACAAGCCCAGCAGGUCCGAGGGCUCGCUUCCCACCUCAGGACAUGGCAGGCUGAGCUCUCGUGCAGGGGGAGGACACGGGACUUUCUCAUGACAUUGAUGCACUGUGAUAUUGCUCUUUUUUCAAGCUGUACAUUUACUGGGUUUAUUUUGGUCAAAUUUUAUAACUUUAUUAUCUAUAUAUCUAUAUAUCCAUAUGUGUGCACAUGGCCCUGGAGCUGUGGGAAGAUGCACUCCCUCCAUCCCUCUGGGAUUGGGUUUGAUAGCUUUUGUUCCCCUUCAGCCAGUGUUUUGUUGGAAGGUGCCAGGAUUUCUCUGUUGAUCCAGUGUUGUGACAGCUUGUUCUGGGCUCUGCUGAGCAGCUCAGAGGCAGGCAGAGCUGUAGCCACUUGUUUGCCUCCAGAAAUGCCAAGCAAUUUGGAGAAUUACCAGCUCAUCAUUGACUAUAGUUUUAAUUACGGUUUUGGUAUUACCUCUGCAUAGGGGGGGAGUGUUAUGGGGCUGUUGCCUGCAGUUCUCUAGGUGCCUCUUGUGUUUGUUCGUAGCAGAAGCUCUGAACUCAUGGUAGGGGUUUGCCUCCAAAGAGCGAUUCCUCCUCAGCACCAGUGUUGUUCUGCUCUCCUGCAGCCUGAGUGCAGCCAUAGAACAUGAACUGUAACUGUCAGAGCUGAAGGACUGGAGCUGUGAGCAGGAAUUGUGUAGUGUCCUGCUCACCUUGUGACUGCAUUGCUGUUGCUGGAUGUUUCAGGAGCAGGUUCUAGGUAGGGAAGGCACAGGCUGCGUUUGAAUGUAUUUGCUACAUCCUGCUGUUCCCAGGGCUCAGUGGGAUGCUUGAGCCUGAAUCAAAGCAGAAAAGCAAAAGAUUUGACAGAAUUGAUGCCAGCACUUAAACAGAUUGUUUCUCUCUGUCGGUUUGUGGGGGUGAAGCAGUAGGAGGGGAGAUCAGCACCGUGUUGUGACGGGUGGCAGCUUUGCUGUGCCAUCUGGGAUGUUGUGAGAAGGUGUGUGCCAGGUGUGAAAGCUCCCGGAGCACGGACUCUGCGCAUCCCCAGGAGGAACUGUGGAACCUCCUGCGCCAGGGGCAUGCUAUGGGAUGCAGUCGGAUGCUGUGGGGUGCCGUCGGAUGCUGUAUCAUGUGAACACAGGCUGUGCGCUGGCAGAGGUUGGGUCUGCUCUCCGCAGGGAGGGAUUUGCGAGCUCUAGGAGGAACAUCACAUUGGAGCAGUAGGUGCUGUCACUGUCACCUGGGAGGGACUGUCUCUAGUGAGAUGAUCUGUGUUGGGAGGUUGCUGAAGCAGAACCUGGUGGCUCGGAGAGAGGAGGCAGCAUCAGGCCAGGCUCUGCAGCACGGGGCCAGUAAUCCACUCACCAGCUCCAAAUACCAGUUAUCUGAUCCAGUAAUCUCUGUGGACAUUGGCUGAAGGGAUGAGCUCCCCUGGGAAGCCUCAGCUCCUCACGUUCCAACCUCUCCCUAGCACCUGGCUGCAUUUCAGUGCUUUGUAAAAGGGGUCAGUGUCUGAUCCCCAGCUCAGAGAGGAAAACCUUGGCACAGAGAGGAGAGAGGAGGUGGAUGAGUGUCCCAAGGCAGAGCCAGGGUUCUCCCUCCUCCCCCAGGUACACCAGGGUGGAGGUUCUCCCUCGGGGUCUGAUUUCAGGCCCUGAAUCCCAUGCUCGGGCUCUGUGUGGUUGUGCUGUGUUGCUGUCAGAGCUCAUCACUUGCAGUGGUUGGGACUGACCUGUGAAUGCCGCUGGUUGGCUGCGGACAAGGAGAAAAUAUUUACUUCUGUGGUUUGAAACGCCCUGGCAGAGAGUUCCGUGUCCUGACGUGGUGCUGGAUGAACAGGGACCUUCUGUCACUGUUAACCAGCCAAAAAUUGCUUUGUCCCUUUUGCUCCCACUCCUUCAGACCUUUCUUAUUCCCACGCUCCCAAACGCCAGGUCUGGAAGUCUUGCACUGCGGUUUCUCUUUUUGGCUGUUCCUGAGGAGUGCUCUGAGCUCCUGCCUGUGGUAUCGCUGCCUCACAGGCUGCUCAGCAGCUUCCCUCUUCCCAGCCCCUUAUAAGGACACCGAGAGCUGCCUCUGGAGCCUCUUCAUGCAGCACAGACAUCCCAGCCCGGCCUCUGGUGGGAAAACAAUCCUGCAUCAACUAGGCUGAUUCGGGUUGAGCUUUUCCUCCAGCCUGAGCCGGAAGCUGAGCACAUGAGGCCAUAUCCCUCCUCUUCGUGGUGUCUCUUCCCUUAGCUGCACUGCUGCCUGCCUCCCCACUCUCCUCCAUCACCUCUUGCCUUUCACAGCUUGGGCUUUUGCCAGGCAGGGACUUGGCUUGUGCUGUUGCUUAACACAUCCAACAGAACAUCUUGCCUUAGUGCUGCCAUGCCUUUCCCAGCACUGAGCUCAGUUCUGCAAACGCUUGGUGGUAAUGUCCUUCCCAGGCCAGCAGCAAGAGGUGUUCUGCUCCACAGGGAGAGAUGAGUAUUAGAAACACUUCUGUGCCACUGAGGCUGCUGUAAGGGAAGCGAGCAGACCAUGCAGUGCUCCAGGACUUGCCCAUCACCAGUCCAGUCUCUGUCAGCCCUUCUGCAUAUCUUUUAACAGGCUGCAGGGCCCUGUGCUACUGGGCAGCACUAGAGCUCGAUGCUCUAUCCUCCUCAUGCCUCCUCUUUCCCCUUGCAGGUAAUUUGGGAACUUGGCUGGAAGGAUUCCAGUCUAGAUUCUAGAUUCUUCUAAUGGAAGGUGUCCCAUGGCAGGGGUUGGGACUGGAUGAGCUUUAAGUUCCUCCCAACCCAAACCAGUCUGUGAUUCUCUGAUUGAAGCUUGUUAUUCAGAGGGGCAUUACAGCCCCUGGCACCAAUGACAUCAACUGCUGCCUGUCCAGUGCGGGCAGAUGUGUGCCUGCAGCCUGUCAGUGGUUGGCUCCAGGGUCCUUCAUUUCAUGGCGUGGUCUGGGUGCUCCUGGAGUCCUGGACCUUCAACACCGAUGUGCAAGAGGCUGCUUAAGACUGGUCUAGCCAGAGCAAUCCCUUCCACCCCAUGUUACCCUGUGACAGCAGACUUGCCUUCCAGGACCCUGUGCAGCAGGGCAGGACACACAGAAACACGUUGCCUGGGGUGCUGUGGUCUCUGCUGCGUGCAGAUUGUUCAGACCUGUUUCUGUAUUAGUCACUUUGAAUUCAUCCAAGUGCCUAACCUGGCCUGUGCUGUUCCUGGGCACCGUGACAGCCGAGAGAGCUUUGGAGGCUCUCUUAGGAAUGCUCUCACUGCAUGGAUUUGUGCCACCGUCAUUUCCAGAAGCGCUUCAGCCAGCGGUCAAAGGGCUGCUCAUCCAACUGAUGGUUUUGGGAAUCGUUUUUCCUUUUAUUCAGCUGCCAAGAACCACGAAUUUGUGCUUUGCCUCGACCAGACAAGGUCCUGAAGCUUCCUGCGUGCCUCAGAUGUCCGUGGGGAGAGCAGCUCGCCCCGCAGGUACUGGAGGGGAAGCUGACAUCGGAUACCACUUGAAAUCACAUUGUUAAUUGGUAGCAACGUUCUGAAGCUCAUGUCCACUCUGAUCAUGUUUCACCAUCUGCCACCGCUUGGACUUGGAGAAGUUUCUCCUUGGCCUCUUCCCUGCGAGCCAGCCAGUGUGGUGCUGCUGCUGCUUCCAGACUGGUUGGUUCCCCCCACCUCCAGAGCCAGCUUGUACAGAAUUCCUUAAACACUUUUCUGCAAAAUAAGAAGAGAUUAUUUUGUUAUUCCUGGUUUGUAGCCCAAUAGUGGUGUUCCAGUGAGAGGGGGAGGAGUUGUGCUCCCCUCAUACACCAGCAGCUCUUCUCCACCAGUGGAGCUGGUGGAAGACUCUCAGCUCCUGUUGUGUCUGGAGGGCUUUGGGUUUUGGGCUUGUGGACAGAACUUGGGCCCUUCCAGUUGACUUAUGCUGUGUUCGUGGCCAGACCUUGCCAGCAUGGUGGAGGUGCAGCCACUCCAGUUGUUCUGUCACUUUGGGUCCAAGUUCCCUGCACUAUGUGGGAGCUGGGCCUUUGGCUAUAGCACAAGGGAUGUGUGGGGAUGCAGACCAGGUUUGCGUCUCAGCUUCCCAGGAGCUGAGGAUGGGAGGGUCCUUGUUUUAAGCAUGGUUGAUAGGGUGGUGCUGGGCUAUGUGGAGCAGUUCCUGCUCAGGCAGGUUGGUGUGAAAUCCACAGUUCCUGCUUCACUCCUCAAAGCAGCUCUGUCCCGUUUGCUGCCAUGGUCAGAUGGGGACAGUCUGCCAUGAGCUGAGGUGGCCUCAGCUCUUCUGGGGCACCUCACACCUUCCUGACAGUGGUGCAGCGCUUGGCUGUGGGCACUGGAUAGGCUGGCACCACCCCUGGAGAGGGCAGCAGGGCAGGCUGCUCCCAGGCCCUGGUGUUCAGGGCUCAGAGAGAGCAGCAAGAUCAUGUUUCCCUCUUCUUGCAGCCCAUUCCUGCUGUUGGGAAGGUGCCAGGGGCCUCGCCGGCUGGCGGAGCAGGGAUCUGCCCCCAGAAGCUAGGACAGCCACCACUAGGGCAGGGUGCUGAGUGAAGGGGUGAUGAGUGGGGUGUUGAGUGAAGGGGUGUCUGGAUGUGUGACACUGGCAGCUCGGCCAGCUGCUGCCUCCAAAGCCGUGGUGCUAAGGCCAGACCCCUCUCUUCGCUUAGGAACACCAGGGAGAUGUGGCAAAGCGAGAAGCUGGGAUCCAGGAAAACCAAAGACACCAGCAGCUUCUGCUUCUGCCGCAGCAGGAGACGUGCAAACAGGAGCCAGGUCUGCAGUGUGCCAUAGCCCUGCCUCCAUUCCACCUGCUGCAGGAGCCUGUCCUGCCCUGCCUGGCAGCACUACACAGGCUCUGGGGGUGCCCUUUUGAGGCAGGUGCCCCCUGCCAACCCUUGGCUUCUAUCCUUCAUCAGUCACAUAGACUGGCCCUACUGGCGUGGCCGUGGGGAAGGUGAGAGAUGCAGUCCUGUACCCCUGGGACACCCUCAUGGGGGUAGCACUUCUCUGGUGAGCAUCCCAAACACCUUCCCCUGGGGGGGGACGAUUAAACCUUGCCCUGGGGAGUCCCUUAAAGGCCUUAUUAUCAGCUGGGGCUCUCCUUGUCUUAAUUCACCCUUUCCCUCCCUGUGAGAGUCCGGUGAUUGCCACACACCUGCGCAGGCACGUGGUGCUGUUGUGAAGAGAAGGUGCUGCAAAAUACCUCCCCUGCUCCACCAUCCUCCCCGGGAUGGGAUGGGAUGGGAUGAGCAUUGGUGUUGUGGUGGGGACUCGCAGCGUGUGAUGCCGUUGCCUCCUCCUGGUUCCCGGUGCAGCAUUCCCAAGGAGCAGCACUUCCCAAGCAGAGCCACAGCAGCCACUCUGGAUGGGCACUGCCAGAUCCCUCACCCUCAUUUCUACCAACCUUCAUCUGUAAGAGAGCCUCCUUCACGACCUGCUCAGGCCGGGACCGGUGCCGCCGGCACGCUUGAGGCAUCCUCUGGCAUUCCGGGAUCCUGGGUGACACCCAUGGAGCAGCACCUGCAGCCUGUGGGAGGGCGAGGAGCAGACUGUUACGUGGUGGAUCUCCAACAAGUGACCAUCUUGUUCUCGAGUGAACUUUUCCCUGUUCUCAUUUGUUGGUGUAGAAUGUUGCCGAAGCUAUAGUACUAUUUAAUGUUGAGUCUGAGGCGGGGCUGCUCCAUGCUCCGUGUUGUAUAGUUUGGAAUGGCAUUGUUUAGUGAGAAGACAGUAUUAUUCCACUCUUUGGAGGGAAUGGGACAAGAAACAGACUGUCUUUUUCUUUUCUCUUAAAUGAAGUGAACUUUUUGUUCUGAAGUCCCAGCAGGUGGCCAGCCCCUCAGUAAAAUGGUGCUCACAACCAC